AUGUCAGAGAAGCCAAGGGAAAAGCGCCUCAACCUAACUUCCACUCCCAACCUCAACCUAACUCCCACUCCCAUCCUCAACCUAACUCUCACUCCCAACCUCAACCUAACUCCCACUCCCAUCCUCAACCUAACUCCCACUCCCAACCUCAACUUAACCCCCACUCCCAUCCUCAACCUAACUCCCACUCCCAUCCUCAACCUAACUCCCACUCCCAACCUCAACCUAACUCCCACUCCCAACCUCAACCUAACUCCCACUCCCAUCCUCAACCUAACUCCCACUCCCAACCUCAACCUAACUCCCACUCCCAACCUCAACCUAACUCCCACUCCCAUCCUCAACCUAACUCCCACUCCCAACCUCAACCUAACUCCCAUCCUCAACCUAACUCCCACUCCCAACCUCAACCUAACUCCCACUCCCAUCCUCAACCUAACUCCCACUCCCAACCUCAACCUAACUCCCACUCCCAUCCUCAACCUAACUCCCACUCCCAACCUCAACCUAACUCCCACUCCCAUCCUCAACCUAACUCCCACUCCCAUCCUCAACCUAACUCCCACUCCCCACCUCAACCUAACUCCCACUCCCAACCUCAACCUAACUCCUAACCUCAACCUAACUCCCACUCCCAUCCUCAACCUAACUCCCACCCUCAACCUAACUCCCACUCCCAACCUCAACCUAACUCCCACUCCCAUCCUCAACCUAACUCCCACUCCCAACCUCAACCUAACUCCCACUCCCAUCCUCAACUUAACUCCCACUCCCAUCCUCAACCUAACUCCCACUCCCAACCUCAACCUAACUCCCACUCCCAACCUCAACCUAACUCCCACUCCCAUCCACUUCCAUCCUCAACCUAACUUUCACUCCCAACCUCAACUUAACUCCCACUCCCAACCUCAACCUCAACCUAUCUCCCACUCUCAUCCUCAACCUAACUCCCACUCCCAACCUCAACCUAACUCCUAA